GAGUAUUUGGAGGGUACGACACGUGUAGUUGACAUAAGCAUAUUCAAAAGUGCUAAAUACAGUGAGUGUUUAAACCUUAUGGUCAAAUUUCAUCGCGCUCCCCGAGACUUCUCAGCUUUUUUUCCUUUUAUCGAUUAGUAUUGCUUCCGGUUGAGGAAGGUCGGAUUAUUAUUUUUGGUUAGUUUUCACAAUGUCUGAACUAGGCUUAGUUAUCAAUAUAAACGGCGAAGAAUUUCUGUUCACAACACCAUGUGGUAACACACACGGGUGCUUCCUUGGCCUUGAUCUGUGUUUUUCUGAUGGAAACAUGAAGAGAUGACAGAUAUUUAAUCUUUAUGGUUGGUUAUUGAAUCAAGUAUCCAAGUAUGGAAGUACAGAACGAAAUGCAUGAGAAUAACCAUGACCAUAUUAAAGAAGAUCUGAACACUGGAGAUGCUCGAGGUGAGAUAGCAGCAAGUACCAGUGAUAGCAAUGUGUGUUACAGUGUAGUCAAACUGUUUCCAUGUAUCGAAUGUGGGAUAACAUUUACAGACCUUGCCGACCUGCAGGCACACAUGAGGCGUCAGAGUGGUGCCAAGCCCUAUCAGUGUGGCGAGUGUGGGAAAGCAUUUACUGAAUCUGGUGACCUGCAGACACACAUGGAACUUCACAGUGGUGGAAAGCCAUUUACGUGUGGUGAGUGUGGGAAAACAUAUGCAACAUCUAACAGCUUGCAGAGGCAUAUAAGGCUUCAUAGUGGAAACAGGCCUUUUAAUUGUGGCGAGUGUGGAAAAUCGUUCACAAAUUCAAGUGACCUGAAGAGACACAUGAUGGCUCACAGUGGAAUUAAACCUUUUAAGUGCAGUGAGUGUGGGAAGGCAUACACUACAUCAAACUAUCUGCAGACCCACAUGAGAUAUCACAAUGGUGAGAAGCCCUACCCAUGUGGCGAGUGUGACAAAGCUUUUACAACGUCAAGUCACCUGCAGACCCAUAUGAAAUGUCACACGGGGGACCAGCCUUAUCAGUGCAGUGAGUGCAUGAGUACAUUUACCACGUCCAGUUACCUAAUGACUCACAUGAGAUGUUCUCACAAGAUACUCAAGCCGCACCAGUGUUCCGUGUGUGAGAAAGCAUUUAAACGUUCAAGUGACCUGCAGACACACAUGAGGAGCCACACCGGAAUCAAGCCCUAUCAGUGCACUGAAUGUGGAAAAACAUUCACACAGUCAAAUCACCUUCAGGCACACCUGAGGUCUCACAGUGGAGCCAAGCCUUACCAAUGCAGUGAGUGUGGGAAGGCAUUUUCAACAUCAAGUAACAUGAAUGCACACAUGAUGUGUCACACUGGAGCGCGGCCUCAUCAGUGUUUAGAGUGUGGGAAGGCGUUUGCAACGUCCAGUCAACUGCGGACACACAUGAGAGGUCACAGUGGAGUGAGGCCUUAUUCAUGUACCAAGUGUGAGAAGUCAUUUAUAACAUCAGGUCACCUGAAGAGGCACAUGACCUGUCACAGUGGGGCAAGGCCUUAUCAGUGCAGUGAGUGUGAGAGAGCCUUUUCACAGAAGGGUCAUCUUCAGACACAUAUGAAAUGUCACCGUGGUGUCAAGCCUGUUUAGCAUUGUUUUCUGUAUGUAUUUGGUGAUGCAACUGAAGAACUUAAUUACUGACAAAGUCAUGUUCUAGCAGAGACCAUAAGAUGUUAUUUUAUGGUCUCUGGUUCUAGUAAGAAGCUUAGGAUGUGACCAAAAAGGAUGCAGACAGCCUGUGCUUCUCAGCAAUUAAAAUACCUUGAAAGUUCAUUGGUAAUUCACAAGAACAUACAUCAGUGUUCAUUUCUGUACAUUGCAUCCAUUGGCAUGACAUUUGUUUUGGAAAUAGCAUAAGGACACACAGGUAUAAUCACAAAUUAACUUGUUAAGGAACUCUUGGGUGAAAGGGUUCACACAGAAACGAGUUUAGGAAAUCAGUGACAGUCAUUUCUGGUGAUGGUUCUGUUGUUCAUGCACAUAAAUAAAUCCUUUCUCA